ACUCCUUCCCUCUUAUUCUUCUCCGAUCUGGGUUGCUCCUGCUGCCGUCCACAUCAUCUUUUCGGCAACGGCGCAACCAAAGGGGAAACACUCAACCGCUGCACAGAUCCUUCACCCGGACUCUCCCUCUGCAAAAAAAAAAAAAAAAAAAAAAAAUGUUCCAUCGCACUCUCCGCCAUCUUGGCCUCCGUUCACCAUUUCUCCAUUCCUCUGGCUACAGACACCCUCCACCAGCUGUCACACAUGCUCCCUCUUUUCCUCUCCGCCGCUCACAGCAAGGGAGGGUCAGAAGCUUCUUGGCUGUCUCAAACAGAGGGAAUCAGUCUCCGCAAUUGGGCCGCGGAAAGGUUUCUCGUUGAUUUCUUUGAGUGGUUUUUCACUGAGCUAUAGAAGUGCGACAAUGUAAAUAUAUAUUAGUAAAAAUAAGGGGUAUAU